AGCUGACGGGGGCAGAAAAAAGGAGGCACAUCGCUGCCGGCUCAGGAGUCGGAGAGAUUAAAAUCUCAUGGUGCGCCCUCGCCGCUCUCCGUUGGAUGCCUGCUGAACGCCGCCCGCGUUGCGCCAUUUUGAAAGUGUAAUGCUGGGAGAGGCAGAGGCGAGGGAAACCUCAAAGUAGAGUGCAAAGUCGAAAAUUCACUGCUGAGGAUUGUAGUUUACUUUCUUUGGUUUAAAGCUGUUUCGUGCUGUCUGUACCAACCGGACCGACGACUUGUGCGGUCUCCGGAGCUCCUAGCAGCACUCCCCGGUUUAUUCCUCCAGCUCCUCGGUCAGAACCAGCCAGCCGACCCGGGUCAGCACUGCUCCAGUCCAGGGCCCGAGCCCGCUGCAGAGACACCCUCUGUCUGAGUCGCUCACCAUGGCAGGGGCCGGUGGUGGGAACAGUGAUGUGCAAUGGUGCUUCUCCCAAGUCAAAGGAGCAAUAGAAGAUGAUGUCGCUGAAGCUGACAUCAUAUCCACUGUUGAAUUCAACCACUCCGGGGAGCUCCUCGCCACUGGGGACAAGGGGGGUCGUGUUGUCAUCUUUCAGCAGGAGCCAGAGAGCAAGAAUCAGCCACAGUGCAAAGGAGAGUACAAUGUUUACAGCACCUUCCAGAGCCACGAGCCUGAGUUUGAUUACCUGAAGAGUCUUGAGAUCGAGGAGAAGAUCAAUAAGAUUCGAUGGCUGCCUCAGAAGAACGCUGCACAGUUCCUUUUGUCUACAAACGACAAAACCAUAAAGCUGUGGAAGAUCAGUGAGCGUGACAAGAGACCAGAGGGCUACAAUCUAAAGGAAGAAGAUGGGCGAUACAGAGAUCUCAAUACUGUCACAACACUACGGGUACCAGUAUUCAGGCCCAUGGACUUGAUGGUGGAAGCCAGCCCGAGACGAGUGUUUGCGAAUGCUCACACCUACCAUAUUAACUCCAUCUCAGUCAACAGUGAUUGUGAGACAUACCUGUCUGCAGACGACCUGCGCAUUAACCUGUGGAACCUGGAGAUCACCGAUCGCAGCUUCAAUAUUGUUGACAUUAAGCCAGCCAAUAUGGAAGAGUUGACAGAGGUGAUCACAGCAGCAGAGUUUCACCCCAACCAGUGCAACACUUUUGUCUACAGCAGUAGCAAGGGCACCAUCCGCUUGUGUGACAUGAGGGCAUCAGCACUGUGUGACAAACACGCCAAACAGUUUGAAGAGCCAGAGGAUCCAAACAAUCGUUCGUUCUUUUCUGAAAUCAUCUCAUCCAUCUCUGAUGUAAAGUUCAGUCACAGCGGACGCUACAUGAUGACCCGUGACUACCUGUCUGUAAAAAUCUGGGAUCUCAACAUGGAGACCCGGCCAGUAGAGACAUAUCAGGUGCAUGAAUAUCUCAGGAGUAAAUUGUGCUCACUCUAUGAAAAUGACUGCAUCUUCGACAAGUUUGAGUGCUGUUGGAAUGGGAACGACAGCGUUGUGAUGACUGGUUCCUACAACAACUUCUUCCGGAUGUUUGACCGAGGCUAUCGGCAGGAUGUAACCCUAGAGGCGUCGCGGGAGAACAGCAAGCCGCGAUCGGUCCUGAAACCUCGCAAAGUAAGCACAGGUGGGAAGCGCAAAAAGGAUGAGAUCAGUGUAGACAGUCUGGACUUUAACAAGAAGAUCCUGCACACUGCCUGGCAUCCUCUGGACAACAUCAUCGCUGUGGCCACCACCAACAAUCUGUACAUAUUCCAGGAGAAACUGAACUAGCAUUUAUUGAACCACUUAGAUCCCAGUUUCUGCUUGAGCCCCACUGCGCUGAAUACAAACAAUAUCUGUCCGUCUUUGGCUAAAUCCCUAAGUCUUGAUAUGAUCUGCCCUUGAAAACUUCAUGUGACAGUUUCUCUGUCAACAACAAACAGUGGCAUUAACACAGUACAUCCAAGCAGGCCAUCACAACACAUUUUUUCCAUGUUUAUGACAAAUUUAAACAUGCAGGGUUUGUAGAUCUGCAUCCAGAAUUUGGGAUUUAUUGUCACAGGUUUUCUCCAUUAGGAGCACUCCAUUCACACGAGUUACCGUUUGCAACUCCACUACAUCCCAAACCAAAGGGAAAAUGUGUUAGAUACACACAUUUGGGCUAGUUUGUUUCAUUGUUCUUUUGUGCCAUCGUGACAUGAUUCAUGUUUAUGUCAUAGCUACCAAUUGCUGAGAUGCUGUAGCUACCAUGUUUUAUUAGUUUGGAAUUCUUUCUACUCUUUCUGCGUCUUUCUGUCACCAAGUUCCUUUUUCGUGCUGGCCUGAAACAUUGCUGAUACAAGCUGUCAACACUCCAUAUUUGCCCCAAGUAUUUGUCAAGUUGCCAAGUUCACCUCUUCUUUCCUACUGUACAGUGUAGUUGUGCUGUUAAAGGACUAUUCUCGUGUUUUAUCAUGUUUGAGCUCAUUUUCUUCAAUUAGUGUAUAACUUACAUUACUGCUGACCUUUGUCCAUAGCGUAUCAAUAUUUAUUAGAUGGUUUACAUUAACUUCUCUUCAGUUUGAAAAUCAGCUUUCUUGAAACUGAUUUGACUAAUAUUCCAUCACAGUGAACUUUUUUGUAGUCUUUGUUUAGGUCAAAGUAAUUAGGGGUGGUAACACAGUUGCAAACAGGAAAAGUCUGUUCAAGCAUACAUCUGACAUGUUUUAUCAGUUAAUGAGUUGGUAAACUUGGAGAAUCAGGACAACCCGCUUGGACUUUUUUUGUCUGAAAGAGAAAAUAAAACCAAGGGUGAAAUUCUCCAAGUCCAUGAUUCGAUUACUCUUACAAUUGUAAGUUAAAUUUGCUGCUACUACUGGUACUACGAAGCUGCAACGUUUUCUGUGCUCUGCCACAUCUCAGAAUGCAAAUCACACCUGGCUGCAGGAGCCGUUCAGCUCAGACUUGUAGAAUACAGCUGGUAGUUUGGUCGGCUGGAGGUUGAUCGUACCUAAGGUACCAGACUGGUGUAAAAUCCCUAAGUCAGUUAUUUAAAAUCUGCCUGUUUUUAGAGCCCGACUGAUGCCAAUACUGAUUUUAGACGAAGGGGCAAUUCAUGGAUAACCGAUAUGGUGGCCGAUAUAGUAAUUUUUUGAACUGGAAUGAAAAUACACCUUUUUUUACAUGAAUUGUGCACAGACUACUCACUACUCUGCAGAUGGUCCAGAGAGAUACUUCCUCAAAUAUAAAAGUUUAUUAAUAGUAUUUAACAUUUCCAUACAUUAUUAUACAAACAAUGUAUUACAUUGUCAGCCAAUUCUAUAAAUCAUAACUGAGAAAAUAAAGAAUAAAUAGGAAUAAAAUAAUGGCUAAAAAAGUAAAAUUGCUGACUAUUAAAAAAAAAUACUGGCUAUCACGCUAACAUUCUGCAUUAAAAAUGGUGUAAAAAUUUCAUAACUGCACAUAUCGGACAGCUUGUACACCGAUAUGCCUUUGAUAGGCCAAUAUCAGCUGUUAAUAUCUGUCGGGCUCCACUAUUACAUACAGGCAACAACGAAAUUCACUUCAUUCUUACCGAAUAGCUCAUAAAGGCCUUUGAUGAGCUCAAAAUGGCUUAAAUGUUCACUGAUAUGGAUUACUGAUCUCAAGCUGAUUGCAAGCCUCUAGGUUGAUUUUCGUUAUACAUUGGAACGCCAAAAUUUAGGAAAACUAGUCAGCAGUAAUGUGUGUGCAUAUAUCUAAAUUCUAGUUAAUGGCCAAAACAUGUUUAAAAAAACACCAAAGUAGUCCUUUAACAUGGUGACAAGAACGGCGUGUGCACGCAUUGUGGUUUUGGGAGUUGAAUGAGGGCUAAUCAUGCCAAAGUAACCAGUCCUAUACAGUUAUAUUCAUUUAAAGCUGUCUUACAGACAAGGUGCCCCUGGUCAUUAAAAGCUCAGGACAAAAGCUUAAAUAGGUGGAAGGGCAUAAUGGCGUGAUGUAGCCUAGUUCUCUCGUGGCUGGUGGCACCGAUACGGAGCACCGCUGCCAGAUUCUCGUCCACAAAGCUUGUCAUGUUGCCGCAGAUUGACUGAUCGCUUUAAACUCUGGAUCUAGUUUCUGUUUGUAGAGGGGUUUUUUUUUAUGAUGUUUUGUACUGUACCUGAUGAAACAAGAAAAAAUAAUCACUAUAGCUGAUUUAUUUUUGUAUGAAUUAAGGCAAUAGGAUUACAGUCUGAUCACUGUAGUUUCUUUAGCUGUCUAUCUCGGACUGAUUGUAGAUGGAAGGUCGCCUGAUGAGGUAACUUUUUGUCGUGACUUUGGGACAUUUUGUUCAUUCUGGCGGGUAUUUCUAGACUUCUUGUGACAUCAAGGGAGUGUGACGUUUCUCACGUGGGAUGUCCAAAGAAAAAGUACUUUCAGGUGUCAGUACCUCUGUAGUCAUGAGCACUAUAACAGUUUAUUUUUUAAUUUGGCUGACUGUAACUGAUGUUUAUGUAGAACUUAUAUGCUUCUGAGUUAAUUUGACUUUUUGUGCCAUGGUUUUUUGUUUAUGAAUAAUUUUGCUCGCUGUGAAAGAAUAGGCCCUUUUUGGGUCUAAAUGGGAAAGACGUUUUUAAUCAACAUGCAAUGUUAAAACUGUUAAAUCGAGUUCUCUCUCAAGCUAGUCAAGUCAGUUGACUAGGCAGAGUUACUGAUUUUGAAUUAUUGUAUAAAAUGUCUUCUCUCUCCUGUGAUGCAGGAAAAUACAGACUUGUUUAUUUAAAAAUGGAGAAUUUGCGAACCCACUUGGUUUGCAGAUGACUGUUGUAUGGAAGCGGUCAUUAAUGACUGUAUUGAACAUGGGAAAAUACUUUUAAAAAAGAUGAACUCUGCUGUUUCUCUGCUUCAGUCACACGCUGCCAAUUAUUUUCUGGAGCAAACAGGUUGAUUAGAGCACAGUUUUCCACCAUUAAAAUUUUGUUUUGG